AUGAAACAAGUUGCCCUCCUUUAUACCCUCACUAGCCCGGCGCUGGUCAGCUACAGCAUCGAGUUCUCGAGCUUUCCGGAAUUCGCAGACAAUAUCGGCCACAUCAUUGGGCACAAGCCCUACAUCCGUGUUGGUGGCAACACCCAAGACUAUGCUCUCUAUGACGCUUCACUGCCGUACGCCCUCAAUGGCACCUUUGACCCGGCACGAUCCAACGACUACCCAACGACCAUAACCAUUGGGCCGUCCUACUUCGAGGCGUACAAUACCUGGAAAGACGUCAAGUACUACCAUGGCUUCAACCUUGGUCUUGGAGGGAAUAGGUCAAGCGGGUGGCAGACCCUGUUGGACACCGUGCCGUUGGCUUGCAAGGCCUUGGGCGGCGGGAAGCUGUAUGUCUGGGGGUACGGCAACGAGCCAGACCUGUACUCGACCUCGGCCCAGGGACCCGUGAGGCCGUCUGAUUGGAGCGAGGAUGCUUACGUCUCUCAAUGGCAUAAUGGCACCCGGCAGAUCAAAGCCCUUAUCGAGGAGCACUGCCCUGAGCUGGCGGGCGAGGACAAUUAUGGUUACAUGGCGCCCUCUUUUGCUGGUGUUGGCAACCGUCUGAAAGCGGCGGCAGCAUGGGAGGCGGGACUCAACGACGACCAGAACGUCAAGUUAUUCUCAACCCACAACUACAUCAGCGGCGCCGAGACCCCCGGCGUGACACUCCAGGGGACACUCAUGAACCAUGCGGUAACCAAACGAUCCGUCGACGCGCACGUUGACGAGUACAACACGGUGCUCUCUCAGUCCACCAACCCUGUCCCGCCCCUGAUUUUCGGUGAGACCAACUCCCUCUACAACCAAGGCCGCCCGGGCCUAUCCAACACCUUCGGCGCCGCCCUCUGGGGUCUCGACUUUAAUCUGUAUGCGGCCUCGGUGGGCUUCAAGCGGGUGCACAUGCACAUGGGGACCAACUACCGCCUCCCACCGCAGUACGCCGCCUGGCAACCCGUCUCCACCGCCCUCACCACCCUCGGCACCAAAGCGCCCUACUACGGCUCCAUCGCGGUGGCCGCCGCCCUGGGCCCCACCCCCGCCACCGUCGUCGAGAUCCCCCUCACCCCCCCCUCCCAAACCAGCUCCACCCCCUCCCUCCUCCCCGAAUCCGCCUACGCCAUCUACACCGCCCACGGCACCCGCCUAACCCGCCUGAUAAUCCUCAACCUGCGCACCUACAACACCACCCUUAACGGCGCCGGGCUUGAACCACUGCCCCCCCCCUCCGACUCCGACCCCGCCACCCCACCGCCGCGCGGCGUCGUCGAGUAUGCCUUCCGGCUGCCCGCCGAGAUGGCGUCGCGGGUGGUGGGGGUGCGGCGGCUGAUGGCGAACGGGAGUGAUGCGAUUACGGGGAUUAGCUGGGAUGGGUGGAGCUAUAAUUAUGAGUUGGAUGGGGGGCGGCCGGUGCGGUUGGGGAAUGUCACGGUGGGGGAGAGGGUGGUUGUUGGGGAGGGCGGGGUGGUGAGGGUGGGGGUGCCGGAUGCGAGUGCGGUGGUGGUGGAUUUGGAUUUGGAGGAGGAGGAGGAGGAGGGUUUGGGUGGGGAUGUGGUGGAUGUUGAUGUUGAUGCUGAUGUUGGUGUGGGUGUGGGUGUGGGUGUGGAUGUUGUGAAGGGGAAGGGGAAGUAA